UUUAUUUGUAUAAAAUGUGAAGCAUGCAUGCUGGAAUUUGUUAAUUUUUUUUCCCAUUUUCGACCGGUUACAUUUGUUUUAUUCGAUUUUGUUUUUUGUUUUUGUGAUUAUAUUCCUACUCAAAGAAAAUAAUGGCUUCUGGUGAUUCUGAUAUUCCCGGCAAGAUGGAUAAUUUAAAUAUUGAAAAUGAUGGUAAUGCUUCUCAAAAUGGCGAUGAAAAUGUAACACCCGCUGAAUUUUCAUUAAUGCGAAAAGCAUUACGUUCGAAAUUGAUUCAUACAACUAAUCAGGUUGAUGUUUUUCAAAAUGAUCCGAAUAAUCCAUUAUAUUCGGUAAAAUCAUUUGAAGCUUUAAAUAUUCCGGAAGAAUUAAUUCGUGGUAUUUAUGAUAUGGGAUUCAGUAAACCGUCACGAAUUCAAGAAACAGCUUUACCAUUACUGCUUGACAAACAUCGUACCAAUUUAAUUGCACAAUCUCAAUCUGGUACGGGUAAAACUGCAGCUUUUAUACUUGCAAGUUUAUAUCGUGUCGAUGUUUCACAACAAGAACCACAAAUUAUAAUAUUGUCACCAACUUAUGAACUUGCUUUGCAAACUGGAGAAGUUGCCAAACAGAUGGCUAAAUAUAAACCCGAAAUAACUAUAAGAUAUGUUAUCCGAGGUGAAACAUUACCACGAAACACAAAAAUAUCGGAACACAUUUUGAUUGGAACACCUGGCAAAAUGAUCGAUUGGGCAUUGAAAUAUAAUUUUUUCAAUAUCAAAAAAAUAUCUGUAUUCGUAUUGGACGAAGCCGAUGUUAUGAUCGAUACACAAGGGUUACGUGCACAAUCAAUUCGUUUGAAACAAUAUCUGCCUAAAUCAUGCCAAAUGAUGUUAUUUUCUGCUACCUAUAGUGAUGAAAUUAUGGAUUUUGCUCGACAAAUCAUUCCUGAUCCGGUUGUAAUAUUAAAAUUACGACUUGAAGAACAAAGUUUGGAUAACAUUAACCAGUAUUAUAUUGUUGUCCGAAAUGAAGAGGAAAAAUAUGAAGCAUUGACUAAUCUAUUCGGUACAGUUGCCAUUGGACAGGCAUUUAUUUUCUGUGAGACUAAAAUUUCUGCAUCGAGACUGGUGCAACAACUUCGAAAGGAUGGCCAUUCUGUUGGUUUAAUAUCCGGUGAUCUUACCGUUGAACAACGAAACGAAGCUUUACGACGAUUCCGUGAUGGACAAGAGCGUGUAAUUGUAGCUACAAAUGUGAUGGCACGUGGUAUUGAUGUUGAACAAGUUACAAUUGUUAUCAAUUAUGAUUUGCCAACCAAUCCGGAAACAAGAAAUAUUGAUUUUGAUACAUAUUUACAUCGUAUUGGUCGUACUGGACGUUUUGGUAAAGAAGGAUUGGCCAUAAAUUUUGUUGAUGGUGAUCGUACAAUGCAAAUGAUUCGACAAUUGGAAGAACAUUUUAAACGACCAAUAAAAAAAUUGGAUGCUACCGAUGUGGAUGAGAUUGAAAAAAUUGGCAAUGAUAUGUGAAACAAAAAAAAAACAACAACAAAAUCGAAUCGAAUUGAUUUUGUUAAGAAUUUUUGUUUUCUCAAAGAUAAUUUGUAAUCACAACUUUGAUUGAUUAUAAUUUCA